AUGUUUAUCUUGUUGAACUUGAGGCUUGGCAAGCUACAGAUUGAGCUGAGGAAGCCUUGGAAGGUUUUGGACUUUGGUUCAUGGAGAUCUCGCCAUCGGCAGGGUCUUGACAGUGGAGUUGGCUUGGAAAGGUGGGAAGAAGUUCCUAAGCUGCCGGAAAAAAUGGCGCCGGAAAUCGUUGCCGGCGGUGUUUUUCCAGCUAUUUUUUUCCCCAAUGACUUUCUGGUGGCCUAUACUGUCGAUUAUUACCGGAUUUAUUACCAACGGCGUUCCGGCCUAUACCGUACGGAGCGUUCGGAUUCGGCACCAAAUCUCUCUCUCUCUCUCUCUCUCUCUCUCUCUCUCUCUCUCUUCUUCUUCUUCUUCUUUCUGCCCGCCGCCCUGGCGCGGCGGAGCCACUUCACCGAGCUUUGCUGCAUCGCUUGCAGCGAGCUCGAAGACCUAGGCGCUGGUGAGCGCGAGGGAUGGCUCUCCGACUCUUCCCUUCUUUCCGCUCUACACCCCCACGCCCUCGCUUUAGCUCACACCUCCCUCUCCCUCCUUCUUCUCCUUCCACUCGAUCCAUCCUCUUUCCGUCGCCCAACCACCGUCCGCCCAUCCCUCUCCGCUGAAGAGGGCCGCAUUUCCGCUAUUGAAUGGCUUCCCUUCGCCGAUCUAUUGGCCCUCGCCCUCGGCACCUCCUCUGGAUCCCUCCUUAUUUACUCUCUCUCCGGUGUUCUUAUCCACAAACAGAUCGUACAUCCCGGCCGGAUUUUAAGGUUGAGAUUCCGGGAAAAGAGGGGUGAAUCCCUGUUGGAUGCUACUGGUGCUGCAACUUCUUCUGAAGAACUUUGCGUAGUUUUAUCUGGGGCUGUUGCUCGCUUUGAUGGCUCGGAUAUACAGAGCCUGUUUCGAAGAUGGUUAGAAGAGGAGGGGUCUCAGAUGUGGAAUAACAGGCUUGCAAGUGAGGACGACGAUGAUAGUCCCUAUCGGAGGAUACCGUUCCAGCUGUGGAAUGUAAGCAAGUACGGGUCAUGCGUUGAUGCUGCAAUUGUGGGGAUAAUGCCUCCUCCAUUGAUGGAGCUCCAGUCGAGUCAACGUUAUUACUGCGCAAUUGCUGUUGGAGAAGAUGCCGUAAUUUCAGCUUUUAGGCUUUCCGAGGAUAGAAGCCGGUCUAUAGUUGGAACAAUUCUAUCGAAGGUUGUGCCUGCUACUUUUUCAACGCUGGCAUCAGUUUCAAGAAUGAUAUGGCGAAGUGAGCAGAAACCUUUAAAGAAGCCUCAAGUGGCUUCGCAGCCAUUUGCCAAAGCGUCACCUUUGACGUGCUUGAAGGAUUCACCAAGGAAAGGAGAGAAACUUGCUGUCAGCCCUAGUGGUACAUUAGCUGCAAUAACAGAUUCUCUUGGCAGGAUUCUUUUGCUGGAUACUCAAGCACUUGUUGUUGUUCGACUUUGGAAGGGUUACCGGGAAGCAUCAUGUCUUUUUAUGGAGGCAAUGAUUGACAAAGACAAAGCGUCAACAAGUUCCAACUACCCUGGACUUAGAAAAAAUGACUAUUGUUUAUGUUUAGCAAUCCAUGCACCACGUAAAGGAAUUAUUGAG